AUGCUGGUGAUCAACGUGCGCUCCUACAAGAUGACGCGGGCGCACGCCUUCUUCGUGCACGUCUUCCACGCCCUGGACGCGUCCGGCCUGCCGGCCAUCCUGGCCUGCACGUCCGAGUUGCAGGCGUCGAUUGCGCUGGACGGGCGCGCGGUGCCCGCCAGGGACCUCGAGACCCUCGCGGCCGAGCUGGGUCGCUACGGCAGGGUACGCAUGGUCACCGGCAUGGCCGUUUUCCGGCUAUCUGGCGACGACAUCGGCAGGUGCCAGGGGUGUUUGUUCAAGGCUCUGGGGGAUAGCGGGGUUAAUAUCGAGAUGAUAUCGCAGGGCCCCAUUGAACAUGCUAUAUUAUGGGUUGUUUCCGGUCGAGACGCGGAAAAGACGCUAGCUACGGUCAAAGCACAGUUUUGUCUAUAG